UUCACAUCAUACUCCCCACCGGUCCGCGCAACGAGACGAACCUGAGAAAAACGCCACCAGACCGACAUGGAGUCUAAACCCGCUCCUCUCGCCGUCUGCUUGGCUGUGGUUUCCGUGUUCAUCGCCCAACAUGGACGGGUUAGAGGACAACUCUCCCCACCUGUGUGUCAGACCUGGAACUCAACAACUGUCGUGUGUAAAGGGGAUCCGGACUGGCCGUAUACUCAAACCUGUGCGCCUCUAACCCGAGUACCUCCCGGCAUCCCCGAGUCUGUCAUCACGGUGGAUCUCAGUAAGAACAACAUAACUAUACUGUAUAACGGCUCGUUUAGUGGGUUAAGAAACCUGAGAUCCUUAGACCUGUCUUAUAAUCCUAUACAGGUUAUAGAGGUCGGUAAGUUUGCAAAGUUGGAAAAAUUACAACGUCUAGAUAUUGGUCAUUCGUAUUUAAGAAAUGAACAAAUGUAUCCUCUUCAUAAUGGAAUGUUCCAAGAUCUGCGAAACCGUAACUAUCUGGCCGUGGAGACUCACACAGAUACAGUCGCCAGUGAGGGAGUGUUCACGGGGUUAUCUAAACUCAGGCAUUUACGACUCGGCUUGAAAAAUAUCACCAAUUUACCCGAUCAUAUUUUUGAUCCUUUGACUUCAUUGGAAAGUCUAGAGAUAGAGGAACUCAGCGAUGACUCCGAACCUGAAGACCUAAAUACCACCAUGAGAAGAGUCCACAGCGGAAGUGGGUUCUUACAACGACGCCUGCUGUGGGCACCGCUGAACAACCUUACAACAUUGACUCUGUAUAAUCUACCAAGAGUCAGUGACUUCUACUUUGGACCUGUAUUUACAAAUAUGUCUAGAUUAGAGACUAUAGAAAUACAUAGACUUUCUUAUUAUACCCUCAAUGCUCAAAUGUUCCGGCCGUUAUUACCGACUGUGAAACAUUUAAGCACUAAGUCUAAUUCAAGGAUAGCUCCCGGUCUGCUGAAGUCACUCACACAUCUGCAAACGCUAAACCUCAUCAACCUUGAUUCAUAUCCGGAUCCCGCCAUUUUGGACGUUCUGCCUGAACUCCGACACACGCAGAUUCAGGAGUUGUCAAUAGACCAGGUGAAUACGCUAAAAUUAACAUCUGAUACUCUUCCAGGAAUAAAAGGCCUGAAAAGUUUGAAAACUUUGAUUUUUCACUUCGGCUUUUUUGACACCAUAGAAGCUAACGCCUUUGCGGGUUUGUCACAUUUGCAAAGGCUGGAUCUGACGCAGGUCUUAGAGUUGACUUUACACGACAAGGCGUUCAGCGGAUUGUCCUCUCUCACUCAUCUCAACUUGACACAAAACGGGAUUUCUACUUUACCACAAUACGUGUUUGAAGGACUGUCCUCGCUCACUCAUCUUGAUUUGAGCCAGAACUGGUUGGAGACCUCCCAAGCUCAGCUUCCAGAGACCUUGGACUAUCUUGAUCUCAGUCACAAUAAGUUACACAACUUAAACGCAGGUCCACCAUGUUACACCCCUUUAUCAUUUAACUUCAGUGGUUUAAAAUGGGUGAAUAUUCUGGAUUUGAGUCAUAAUGAAAUUGAUGGAGCUCCAAUCGAUUGUCUCCCUCGGAAUAUCACUGUGCUUGAUUUGCAAAACAACAGACUGAGAACAUUCAAUGGCCUCUGCCAUAUUGGGGGUUUACAGUAUCUCGACCUUUCUAACAAUAAACUCAAUGAUUAUUUUUUCGCUGACCUUCAUUCUCUUACUUGUGAGCAAUCAGUCAUAGAAACACUUAGGUUGGAUAACAACGGUAUAACAGGUAUACAAGAAGGAUUACCAGAAGAAAUAAAGAGAAAAUUGAAAACGCUGACUCUUUCUCACAACCAAAUCCAGCGUAUCGGAACAGGACAACUGACAUGGUCGGACCAGCUGGAACAUUUGGAUCUCAGUCAUAACCAGAUCAACACCGUCAUGCCAUCCGCCUUCCGUGGACUAUCGCGGCUACAGUUCCUGGAUCUCAGUAACAACAAGAUAAAGAACAUAACUAAGUCAACAUUUGAAGGUUUAGGAAACCUUACACAUUUAAACCUGGAAGCCAACAGGAUAGCAGUGAUUGGGGGCGCCUUUCAGCGUCUGUACGGGUUGAGACAGCUAAAUCUAAGGAGCAACAGUUUGGCUGUUUUAAAUCAAACAACACUGAGUCCUGUUGUCUACCGGUUAGAGACUAUCGACAUUGCAGACAACCCGUUUCUGUGCGACUGUAAUUCAAUGUGGUUUGUCGAGUGGGCCCAGGAUAAAUACGACAGGGUAGCGAACUUCCACAACCCCUAUCCUGAUGUCCUUCGAGGGUACACAUGUUCCCGUCCACCUGGAUUGCGUGGAAGACGUUUGAUAGACGGGCUGACGCAGAAACAAGAAUUUAACGACAGACAGGAUCCAUCAGAACGAAAGUUUUUCGACAUAGUCUGUAGUCAUGGAUUCCGGCCCAACCGCCUCCUGGCUUGUGUGCUCGCCUCUUCGGGCAUCUUCGUCGCCAUGACGACCAUUUUCCUGGUCGACUACCACAUCGGCCGUGUUCAGUACUACCUGUGGAUGUUGGACAAGUGGAGGAGACCGAAGAUUGGCGAAGUCAAGAACCAAGAGCCGCACAGAUACACGCACGAUGCUUUUCUUGCCUAUAACAACCGGGACGUCGGCUGGGUUAUACAUCAAGCGAUAGGGAAUCUAGAACCUGACUACAGUCUGGUCAUACACGAAAGGGACUUUGCAGUGGGCGCUCCCAUUGUGGAAAACAUCGCGGAUGCCGUGGAAAACAGCCGGAGAACCGUCUGCCUCAUCACCAGGAACUUCCUGAAGAGUAAGUGGUGCGAGUACGAGUUCCAGCUGGCCCAGUACCACAUGUUUGAGGAGGGGGGAGGGAGGCGUCUCAUCCUGGUGUUUCUGGAGAGGAUUCCUAACGAAAUGCUGAAACAGUUCCGCCAUCUUAACGCCGUAGUAAAGAGAGACACGUACCUGAUGUGGCCAGACGACGUGCGGAAAAGGCCGCUGUUCUGGAGGCGGCUGCGAGACGCUCUGGGCGAUCCUCUACCCCGGGACCCAGAGCCUCAGCAGCAGGUACAGGGUCCGGAACAGAACGCUCCGGAAAGGAACAUUCCGGAAGACCCGGUACGGAACAUUCCGGAAGACCCGGUACGGAACAUUCCGGAACAGCAAGAACAGGCCCAAAUAAGAAACGUUGUGGAAGUGCAGGUUCAUGCCCCCAUGCGGGACAUUCGGAACUGCAAGAUGAAAUUCUAUUACCAGAUCCAGACGACCAGUGGUUCGGAGAUGGGGAUGACGCGCCCCUUCUACCACUGUAGAUAAAACUUACCGUGUCACCAGACUGUUAUUGCUUGGGAGUGCAUACUUUGUGUUGUUAUUCAAGAAAAUUGAAUCCCUUUUGCGUUAAGUCUACUGUACAGUUGUAUAUGUAGUUUUAAACUAACUGUAUCAGAUAGUAUGUUUUAUGGUAUGGUAUUACCAUUAUGGUAAUUUUAAAUUUACCACCAUAUCUUUUCAUAUCACUUGUACUUGAAAAUAGCAUUCAGGCAUGAGAUUGUCUGAUAAUCUUGACUACAAUUAAUCAUAUGUAUAUGAAUGCCUUUGUUAAACUGGGAACGCUGUUAUGUGUGUGUGUAGAUAUACAUUGUGCAGCACUAUGUAGUUUUAGCUAAUGAUGGUAAGUUGGUGAUUUUUUUUGUAUAAUCU